AUGGCCAACGCCGACGACCUGAGACCCCAGGUCAUGGGUGUCAUGAUCACCUUCUGGAUCCUCUCAUGGAUAAUCUCAUUUGGCAAGGAUGAUGUUGCCAUGAUCGUCACACUCCUCCUGUUUACAGGAUACCUUUCAUGUCAGGCUGCAGCAGUCACACAUGGUAUUGGUAGACACCGCAAGGAUAUCCCUGAUAAAGACCUACCAAUUGGAUUUGCUGCCUGGAUGUUCGCCGAAGUCUUUUAUACUGCAUCGGCGUCUGUUUUGAAGGUCGCAGUCGGCCUGUUCCUGGAGCGUAUUACGCAAAACAAAGUACACAUUCUGAUCAUCCGAAUCAUGAUGGCGGCUACCCUGUUGAUCGGUUCAAUUUACCUCUUCGUCGCUCUUUUCCAAUGCACCCCAAUCUCGUUCUACUGGGACUUCUCACCGAACGCCAAAGGACACUGCAUUAGCCCAAUGGUCCUGGUCGUCAUUUCCUAUGUUGCAUCCGUUCUUAACGGAGCCGCCGAUUUCUUCUUUGGAAUCCUGCCUAUCUUCAUCGUCAAGGACCUCAACAUGAGGAGAAACACCAAGAUUGUGGUCGCUGCUAUCCUUGGAUUUGCCGCUAUCGGAUCUCUUUCUACUCUGNAGUUCCUCUACACUUCCACAUACAUUGCUCUGUGGAGUACCGUCGAGGUUGGAAUCGGCAUCUCGGCCGCAAGUUUGGCCACACUGCGUCCUCUGGUUCAAAAGUUCUUCCCUACUCUCCUUCCCGACUCUCCCAGUGCACCCACAAAUUCGAACCUCAAAUGGUCCACCAAGCAAGGCAGAAGAGCACGCAGAAAGGGCGAUCCUCUGGACAGCGCCGAGGCCGGUACACGAAACAAGGGCACCAUGAUCACCACAGUCACCGGCGCGAGACCCGUCUCCGGAAGCCACGACAACGGAAGCCAGGAAAACAUCUUCGCAGGCGGAAAUGAGGACAGAGAUAUGGUGCCACUCAAAACUUGGGACCACGGUAUCAGCAAGAGUGUGCAAGUCACCACGACUGAAGAAAGACACGCAUCAAGAUCUAGUGCGUCCAUCGAGAGCAGCAAAGACUACGCAUCAGACGACACGACAUGUGUUUACGAGCGUGUCUAA